AUGGUCGGAUCCAUGACCUCAGCAGAAGCCGUCAUCGAUCCCAUCAGAUACCUGGAAUAUCAAUGCUUUAAACUAUCUCUUGCGGCUGCAGCAGGAACCAACUUCAAGUUAUUCAUCUCAUUUGAUAUGAGCUGGGGCUUAGAUGUCACAAAGCUCGCAGCUUUCUUGGCGCCAUAUGCAAUCCAGAGCACAUACUACAAGGUCAACAGUCAAGCGUUCGUUAGCACAUUCACUGGUGGCACGAUCUCCAACGCGCAAUGGGAUUCCGGGUUUAUUCAGCCUAUGUACUCGAUUUAUGGGAUCAAGCCAUUCUUUGUUCCCGACUUUGAUGACUUCUCCGGCUAUCCCAAAAGCGUUUUCAACUCCUAUCCUAUUCUCAACGGUGUCUUCAGCUGGGAGUCUGCAUGGCCAGCUCCUGGUAACACUCCCGCCAAUGUCAGCAGUCUGGUUGAUUCGGCUGCUUUGCAGCAGGCCCGUGCGGCUAGAAAGCUCUACAUGAUGCCAAUAUCGCCAUUACAAUUCAAGUACAUGGGCAGCGGCCAGAACUGGUACCGCGUUGGCGAGGUCAAUCUGCCCCAGCGCAUGGCCCAAGCUCUACAACUCCAACCCGACUUCUUGGAGAUAAUCACCUGGAAUGACGCCGGCGAAAGUCACUAUGUCGGCAACUUCUGGCAGGAUCAAAUCGCAGGCAGCAACAUCGGAGACUAUGCCAACGGAUAUGACCACAAGGGUUGGCUGCAGGUCAUUACGCCGUUUAUCAAAGCAUACAAGGCUGGCGCGACGAGUAUCUCUCAGAUUAUUCCGCCGGGCACUAGACCUGUUGGUGCAUUUUGGUACCGUCCUCUUCUGACUACUGCCAGCUGCUCUUCUUCGAUUGCUAACUACCAAUCGGCUCGUGAUGCGGUGAACUUUGCUAUUAUCUUGCCUUCUACUGGGUAUACCAUCAAGGUUUAUAGUAACAGCAAGUUGAUUGGUAGUUUUGUUGGUCAAAAGGGGUUGAAUUAUAAUAGUGUUUUGGGACUUGCUGUUGGUAGUGGGCAGAUGAUUCAGGUUGUUGAUGACUCCAAUAACGUUGCUGCGUCGGCGACUGGAACAAAGAGUGUUUUGGCGCAGAGUCUUAAUGCUACUUGCAACUGGAACUAUGAGGUUGUGGGACUCUCUUGA